AUGCCACCACCUCCACCGCCACAUCCGUCAUCCUCAUUAUCCCAAGAUCGUAUUUUUGAUCACCUUCCACCGCCGCCUUCAGUGACCCCGCCUGUUCGUUCCGCACCACCAAAAGAAGACGAUCCUUCCUUGCUCUCUACGUUAUCCAAGCAAUUUAUUCAGCGAAUCAAGGCUUUGGAGCAUGUGCGAGAACUGUUUUGUGCCAACGAAUACCCAGAGUCAUUUACAGGCCAGGAAGCCGUGACUGUAUUGCGAGCGAUUCUUGGCGAAAAAAUUCCAGACGAGUACUGUAUUACUGUGGCGAAUGCAUUGAUGCAUUGUCGACCCUCAUUGUUUCAGCCGGUUCACUAUUCCCAAAAAUCGCUGAUCAAGGGAACAGUGUACAACUCUCCUGACGAAGUGUAUACCUUUGAUGAAGACGCCUCCGCCACGGAUAUCCCUGUGGGUGUGUUCACCAGUUUAACAAAGUGUUACACCUAUGGCUGUGUUCCCGAGGAAGGCGGCUGUUAUGCUCCCCACUGUCCCAACAAACCAGAAACAAACGUGACAUUAAUGCGUCAAACAUCCACUCGAUCGACCACAUCGAUUGAAGCCAAUACGUCAUAUCCGCAUACGGCAUGGGCUCAACGAGUGCCAAGAGAACUGCUUGAAAGUGUAAGUAAGCGAGAACGUGAUCGGCAGGAGGCCAUCAAUGAAAUGAUCUACUCGGAAGAAGUCUAUCGCAACGAUCUGGAUACCUUGCAUGAGUUGAUUGUGUGCCCAUUACUGGAAUCCAAUAUCAUUGAACCCCGUCGCCGUAAACACUUUGUGCGAGAAGUAUUCAAUAAUUACGAAGAAUUGCGGGAAAUCAGUGCGGCCUUGUUCAAGGAUCUUUUGGAGUUGCAGCAUCGGUACGAUCAAAAAUGUGUUCCAAUGAUCGGCGAUAUCCUUGUGCAGCACUUUGCGUAUUUCGAAAAACCGUUUACGACCUACAGUCCACAUGUGUCGUUAGCCGAGUACAUUGUGGCGGUGGAAUGCCAAGCGAAUCCGGAAUUCCAGCGAUUUUUGACAGAAACAGAGAAACAUGAACGCAUGCGACGUCUUGCCUUCCGUCAUUUUUUGCUCAACCCGGUGUCCCGUAUGCAGCGGUACCCGUUGCUGUUGGGAGCCAUUAUCAAAAAGACCGAUGAGGAUCAUCCUGACUACGCGUACCUGGUACGUUGUCAGGAAAUGAUUCGCGAGGUCGCUGCACGGGCGGAUCAACAAGCUGAAAUCACUAAACGGCGCCUCGAGAUCCUCAAGAUCAACGAUUCGCUGACAUGCAAACAGGGAGAAUUCCAUGAUCUGCAAUUAGCAGAUCCGCACCGCAAAUUGUAUCAUCGUGCCGAUCUGAAACGACGCAGUAACGGUAUUGAAGUGACGGAAAAAUCCGAUAUCCACGGUUUCGUGUUUGACCAUGUGCUCCUGAUGACCAAGCCGAGAAAGACGAGCAAUGGAGAGGAAUAUCGCAUCUGGAAACGACCGAUUCCUUUGCAAAUGCUGUUUGUUCAGGGUAGCAACGAUUACUUUGGCAGCACAUCCAAGUCGCAACUGUCAAGUGCGUCCAGUUCGCAUAUGAUGCAAAGUAUGGCGAGCAACGUGUCUUUGACAUUGCAUCAUUUGGGUCAGCGUGGUGGCGUGUACAACUUUGCGUGUUCUUCGGUGGAAGAAAAACAAGCAUGGAUCAAGGCGAUUGAGGACGCGAAAGCGGCGCUACGGAAACGACAAGGCGAAAAUGAUGUGUUUGAACUACGUACAUUGGAUGAUUCGUCGUUCCGAUACGUUGGAUCGACGGGAUCCGCCAACGGUCAUGGUCGAGUGAAUUGUUCCGUGCCUUUUGUGACGAUCAACAACGAAUACAAAGUAGCCAUCGGUACGGAUAUCGGUGUAUACUUCAAGACGGUUGGCCAGAGCAACGUGCGAAGGGUGAUUGCAUGUGAGAAUGUGAAACAAUUGGCGGUGUUGGAGAAACAUCACAUUCUUCUUGUGUUGUCGGAGAAAGCGUUACGCGCUUACCCUGUGGAUGCAUUGAAUUCGCCCACCAAUACCAAAGCGCCGGAACGACUUGCGCAAGAACUGGCUCAGCAUGUGAGUUUCUUCCAGGAAGGCUUCUGCAACAACCGCGAUCUUUUGGUAUACAAAAAGAAGAAGAAUACCUCUAGCGUAUUUACCGCCCUUCAACCCAUUUGCGAUUUACGCGAUCCAAAGAACCACAAGUAUUUAACCCAACGCACCGGCUUCCUCGGCCAACGAUCCAGUUUGUCGUGGUUUGAAAAGUACAAGGAAUUUUAUGUGGGUGCGGAUGCAAGCAACAUCCAUUUCCUAAAGGCCAAGUUGAAUGUGGUGUGUGAACGAGGCUUUGAGAUCAUUGAUCCUGAGAAUCUGAGUGUUGGACGUGACAUUCCUGAUUCGGAAGACCCUCAGUUCAACUUUGUGCAACGUCAUAAUGAACACCUGAAGCCGUUGGCCAUGUACCGUAUCCAAGACAAAUUCUUGCUUUGUUACAACAAGUUUGCAUUCUAUGUCAAUAAUCGCAAUGGUUCCCUAGUCCAACGAGGCGAAGGACGAUCACCCUUGUUGUGUGAAUGGGAAGGCAAUCCUGAUCAUAUUGUUUAUCAACAUCCAUAUGUGAUUGCUGUGGAUCAGCAAUUUAUUGAAGUCCGUCAUGUGGAUACGGGUGAACUGGUGCAAAUUAUUCCCGGUGAAAAUAUUCGUCUCACUUAUUACAAUGGCGGUGGAGAAACACCAGUGAUUCAUUUGUGCAUGACCCACAGUCAGCGAUCUGAUAUGCAGCAUAUAUUUCAUCUAUCCUUCAACCCACAGCGGGUCCCCACCAGCCAUCCUCGUCGAUCCUAACCAACAUCAAUAAUAAAAAAACA